GCCAAUAAACAAUAGAAGAAGAAGAGUGACGUACAAGCGUGCGGCUGUGAUCGGAGGAAGAAAGGCUUUCCAGGUGACCCUGUUGUACAGAUGGCGUUGAUUAAAGAGGAGAGCGAAGACAUGACAAUUGAAGAUUUCAGAGUCAAACAGGAAGAUACUGAGAUGCAAACAAAGUCUGACUUUAUUAAAGAGGAGACUGUAGAGGUGACGAUUGAAGAAGCUUUCAGAGUCAAACAAGAAGAUACUGAGGAACAAACAGACCUGAUGGUGCUGAAAGUGGAGAGUCAAGAACUGAAUGAAGAUCAGUAUGAAAACCAUGAUUUCAUGAUUGGAGGAAAAUUCAUACAGCCUAAAAAGACUUCCUCACGGAAAAGAUCUAACCGUUUCACUUGCCAUCGGUGUGGAAAGUGUUUUAAUCAGAAACAUAAACUUAUGAGACACAUGAGAGUUCACACUGUAGAGAAGCCGGUCACCUGCCAACAGUGUGGGAAGAGAUUCAGUCAGAAAGUAAUCCUUCAUUCUCACAUGAGGAUUCACACCAGAGAUAAGCCCUUUCAGUGUCUUCAGUGUGACAGGAGAUUCAAGUGUUCUAAAGACAUGACACGUCAUUUGCAAACAGGUUGUGGAAUAGGGCUCCCACUGGUCCUUGAAAUCAUUGAAAGUCUGUGAAUCAGAAAAAAAUAAAUACAUUCAUGGCCCUGGAAA